AUGACUGUUGAGAACAGCACCGUAUUUACUGACUUUAUAUUCUUAGGACUUUCUGGCAGACAGGAUGUGCAGCAGGGACUCUUUGUGUUAUUCCUCCUGGUUUAUGGAAUAACUGUGAUUGCCAAUCUAGGGAUGAUUCUGCUGAUAAAGAUGGACCCCAGACUUCACACACCCAUGUAUUAUUUUCUGAGUAAUCUGUCUUUCUGUGACGUCUGCUACUCUUCUACUGUCUCUCCAAAAAUGUUGAGUGAUUUCUUAUCUGAGAAAAAGAGGAUUCCAUAUAAUUUAUGUGCCAUUCAGAUGUAUCUUUUUGGGGCCUUUGCAGAUGUGGAAUGUCUCAUGUUGUCUGUCAUGGCUUAUGAUCGUUACAUUGCCAUUUGCAAUCCACUCCUUUAUACAAUCGUCAUGUCCAGGAAAAUCUGUACCAAGCUAGUGGUUAUUGUCUAUGUUGUAGGCUUAGUGGAUUCUGCAGUUCACACAUCCUGUACAUUUAGAUUGUCAUUCUGCAAUUCUAAUGUCAUCAAUCACUUUUUCUGUGAUAUCCCACCCUUGCUAGCCCUCUCUUGCUCAGAUACCUCCAUCAAUGAAAUAGUGAUGUUCACUUUCAUUGGCUGUGUUGUGGGAUGCAGCAUCGUCACUGUUCUCCUUUCCUACAGCUACAUCAUAGUUACCAUUCUUAGGAUGAACUCAGCCGAGGGCAGACGCAAAGCCUUCUCUACCUGUGCUUCUCACUUGAUAGCUGUGGCCGUAUUUCAUGGCACACUCCUGUUCAUGUAUUUCCGACCCACUUCAAGUUACUCAAUGGACACAGACAAAAUGGCCUCUGUGUUCUACACACUUGUCAUACCUGUGUUAAAUCCACUGAUCUACAGCUUAAGGAAUAAUGAUGUGAAGGGUGCCUUGAAAAAAGCAAUAAGCACUAAAUUAUGUUCUAGAUGA